AUGGCGCACAAGAACAGAAUCAUUAUCGAUACUGAUCCGGGAGUGGAUGAUAUACUAGCCAUGCUGCUAGCUCUGUCCUCCACACCCGAGGAACUUGAGGUUCUGAUGAUCUCCGUUACCUAUGGCAAUGUUCCCCAACAGAGCUGUCUACGGAAUGUAGUUUCGCUAUUCCAUGUUCUCGAAAAGGAAAAGGCCUGGAGGCAGGCCAACUCCAAAGCGGCCGGCUUUGAAACCAUGGGAGCGUUUAAGCCUAUCGUAGCCGUGGGGCCAGAACAUCCCCUCGAGGAUGAAGCCCUGAUGGCGGACCAUUUCCAUACGUGGAAGUCACUCUUCCACGAGGACGGAGACCAGUUAUCUGAAUCUGAGCUUGACACGGCCUCUUUUAUUCCUUCCAAAAUCCCUGCGCACAAGGAGAUUUUGCGGUUACUGCGUGAAAACCCGGUGGACACGAUCAGUAUUGCCGUCCUUGGGCCUAUGACCAACAUUGCUCUCGCCGCCGCUGAAGACCCCGAGACAUUUCUGCGAGUCAAGGAAUUGGUAGUCAUGGGUGGGGCCGUUGACGUGCCUGGAAACAUCACUCCCUUAGCCGAGUUCAACUGCUACGCGGAUGCAGUUGCUGCGGCGCGGGUAUACGCCCUGACGUCGGCAACUCCGAAAUCCACCAUGCCUCCAAUUCCAGAGCGCAUCGCCUCACUUCCGUCAUAUCCGGAGAAUCUCUCUCACUUUUUCGCCGAGGGUGUCCGCCAAGGCGUUGAGGAGGGCAGUCCGCUUGCGCAAUGGGUAAACCAUUUCCUUUCGAAAUCUUUUGAGAAGAUUGAGUCCAUGGUCGGUCCCGGUAUUGAACCUGGCCUCUCUCUCCACGAUCCCAUGACCAUUUGGUAUCUUCUUACCCAGUCGGAUCCCGCAUGGAGGCCAACAUCUGAACCGGAAGAUAUUCGCGUCGAAACGUGUGGACAGUGGUCCCGUGGAAAACACAUUGUAGACCGGCGUGGUCGCAAAAAGCCCGAAAGCAGCGACAUUGACAAGGUUUUGGACGAAAAAGUGCAAUUAGACGCCCUGAUGAUGGAUGAGGUCCCGGGCGAUGAGCACGGUUGGUUGAGCUCGAGGAGAGGAAAUAGAAUCAAUAGGAUGGUGGCGUCCCCUGGGGAGCUGGGCAUCAAGAGCAGCAUCAAGCUUCUCUGCGGGCUCAAGGGCCUGAAGCCUAGCUUUAAACGGAGAGGGACAGAAGUCUAUGAUAACCACUGGCCGGACAACCCUACCAUAGCUCGCCACACCAUCGCCGUCUCGAGGACGGGAACUAAACAGCAGAUUUUAUACGUGCUUGAUCCCUCCGAUCGCCGAGCCCUUGACGGCGCUCCAAUCGAUGCUCUCGUCUAA